AAGAAUCGAGUUAUCUAUAACCGACCAUACCCGGUUUGAAGAUGUCCAUCGAGGAUGAUGAAAAGUUUUACGGCGAUGCUAAAACAUAUUGGGAAGGAAUUACUCCAACUGUAGACGGAAUGUUGGGAGGUUUCGCCAAAAUUUCACCCACAGAUAUCAAUGGGUCACACGCGUUCCUCCGCCCUUUACUGGUGGUUGGAGGUGGAAAAACUGAAAUGACCCGGGCUUUAGACUGUGGAGCUGGAAUAGGGAGAAUCACAAAGAGACUGCUUUUACCAAUUUUCAAAACUGUUGACAUGGUGGAACUCAAUCAGAAAUUUCUGGAUGAAGCCAGGUCCUUUAUCGGAGAAGAAGAAUCUCGUGUUGACAAUCUGUUCUGCUCAGGUCUCCAGGAUUUUAUUGCGAAAGCUGGUACAUACGAUGUAAUCUGGUGCCAGUGGGUGCUAGGACACCUGACUGAUGAACACUUGCUCAACUUUUUAAAGCGGUGUCAGUCAGGAUUGACCACAAAUGGGAUAAUCAUUUUGAAAGAAAACAUUUCAGGGGAGGAGAGGGAGUUUGACGAAUUAGACAGCAGCUACACCAGAACACGUGAGGAAUUGGACAAAGUGAUUCUCCAGUCAGGACUCGAAAUUAUCAAGUGUGAAAAACAGAAAGGAUUUCCCAAAGGGCUGUACGAUGUCUACAUGUAUGCACUGCAAUAAAGAGAUAGUUCAUUCAUC